AUGGCUCCCUUAGUCGUUAAGUUUGAGGACAAAUAUACGCCCACUAAAUCCGUGCCAACCAAAGACGACAAGAAAAUAUUGAAGAGCGGUAGGCCGAUUACAUUAGAAGAGCUGAAACGCAAAAAAAAAGCUCAAGAGGAACAGCUUCUGAAGGGAUCGAAGUCCAAGACCGAUGAAGAGGACAUAAAAAAUGAUAUUGCACUGGAAAGGUUGCUGAGCGAGUCACAUAUACUUGCAGACACAAGAGGGAGUAUAUAUUCGGGAGCAGAUCUUACACUUCAGACUCUGGACCAUGAAAACCCAGUGGGGAACGCCCGUGUAAAAGCUCUGAACAGCAGAAUCCAGAAAGUGGCAGAGGUUAAUGGUGAUGGUCGAAAGAAGCUUGAAAAAAUGCCAAUGAAUAUGCGAAAGGGAAUGAUCAAGGCACAUGUGCGGAAGAUCGAAAAGUAUGAACGGGAGGCAAAGGAAGCCGGAAUUGUGCUAGCGAAGAAAAAGAAAGACGAGUUCAGACAGCUGGGUGAUCGUGGGGUCACCUCGAUCAGCACAAGAAUAGGAAAAGGUCUAAAGAAGGAGAAAAGGAUCAGAGAUCGUGGUCUGAAAAUCAAUUCUGUCGGAAAAUCUACUAGAAAUGGACUGGUCCUCUCGCAGAAGGACAUUGAUAAAAUUAAUAGGGGACGUUAA